AUGGGAAGUCAUAUCUCCAAAAAAAAAACUACACUAAAACCAAGAAACAAUUAUGAAGAAAUCUUUUUGUUAAAUAAAUCAUUGGCAGAGGAAUAUGAUUAUGAUAGAAUGCAUUUAUCUCACAAUUUAACAAGGGAAAUAUUUUCAGGAAAUUUCUCAUCACCUGUAAAACCUAUUUUAGUUGACAAAAAUACAAAAGUUUUAGACGUUGGUUGCGGUGCAGGAUAUUGGUUAAAAGAGAUGUCGGCCGAUUUUCCACUUCCCAAUUAUGUUGGCGUCGAUAUGUUACCAAUUUUUCCAAAAACGGGAUUUCCCAAUAGAAUAACAUUUCAACAAUAUAAUUUAUUACAAGGGUUACCUUUUGAGAAUAAUAGUUUUGAUUUUAUUCAUAUCCAAUAUUUAGCCUUUGAUUUUUCGGAACCAGAAUGGGAAACUUUGGUAUUUCAAGAACUUGUGCGUGUGCUUAAGCCGGGUGGAUGGCUGGAAGUUUGUGAUAUCGAAUCCGUACCUAUGAAUUCUGGUCCGAUAACUGACUUAAUAAAUACGUCAAUGUGUAAAAAUUACAUAUCGAAGAAUGUUAACCCACAAAUAGUUCAACGAUAUGAAUCACUUAUAAGAUCGAUCCCAUCAUUUUCAUCAUCAAAGAUAAAUCACGAAAUACGCAAUUUGCCAUUGGGAAUUUGGGCGGAUAAAAUAGGUGAAUUGGGUAGCCUAUUUAUGAAAGAAACUUGUAGACUUUUUUUGCAAGGCAAAAUUGGUCAAGAUGUGAAUAUUAAACGAAAAAACAUUAACACAACUUUAGAUGAGAUUUCAAAUGAAUUUGAAUUAUAUCAAACAUUUUUUAACAUUCAUAGAUUAUACGUUCAAAAACCUCAUUAA